AUGUGUUCAUUAGUGCCAAGAGUUUUACAAUUCAAUUUAUUACGACACCCAAAGUGUGUGACAUAUAAUGUAUUGAAACGUUUGAAUAGCAGUCAAACGACGAGUGGUUUUAACUUUGAGUUGAAUUCAGAGCAGAAAUCACUGCAAGAAUUGGCCCAAAAGUUCGCCAAAGAGGAGAUCAUCCCUCGGGCCCCACAUUACGACCAAACGGGUCACUUUCCCUGGGAUCUCGUCAAACAGGCCCAUGAAUUGGGUCUCAGGAAUGGUGGUGUUCCCGCUGAAUACGGGGGACUGGGUCUCAGUCUAUUUGAUACGUGUCUAUUAGGUGAGGCAUUGAGCUAUGGGUGCAGUGGGAUCGCCUUAGCCAUUUCGUCCAGUGCUCUGCCACAGGCGCCGGUCAUUCUGUUUGGAAAUGAGGGCCAGAAAAGGCAAUAUUUGGGACGAAUGACCGGUUCGGAGGUGUUGUGUGCGGCCUAUUGUACGACAGAACCGGGCGCUGGCAGUGAUGUGGCGGGUGUUAAGACACACGCCGUCAGGAAUAAAGAUGGCGACUAUGUUCUCAACGGCCAGAAGAUGUGGAUCACGAACGGAGGGGUCGCCAACUGGUACUUCGGUAUGGGUUUCCGUAUAGCUAUGGGUGCGUUCGAUCUGACGAGAGCGCCGGUCGGUUGCGGAGCCGUGGGUUUGGCUCAGCGGGCGUUUGACGAGUCCGUCAAAUGGUCUUUCGAGAGACACACGUUUGGUGUGCCUAUCCGUGAGCACCAGGCCAUCCAAUUCAUGUUAGCGGAUAUGGCCAUCGGUAUCGAGACGUCCCGUAUGGCAGUGCAGAGGGCCUGUUGGGACUACGACACCGGCAGGAGGAACACCUACUGGGCCUCUAUAGCCAAGUGUUGGGCGGGAGAUGUGGCCAAUAAAGCGGCCGCAGAUGCGGUCCAGAUCUUCGGCGGCGCCGGUUUUAAUAAGGAGUAUCCGGUGGAGAAGCUCUUGAGGGACGCCAAGAUAUACCACAUCUAUGAGGGAACCGCUCAAAUCCAGCGCAUUAUCAUUGCCCGGGAAUUGCUGUCUGAAGCCACGAAGACUUUAUAG